CACAGUCACGGACACACACUAGUUAGAGCACAGCGGAGUCGGCACACAGUGUACGUAUGAACCGAAACACACGUUAAAACGCCGAUAUUCUUCAUCAUAUCCAGCGAGGAAGUGAGCGGAGCCGCGGACACCGAGUUUCCACUGACACGAGGAGUUUACAGUGAUUGGAGAGGAACAUGGAUGAGCUGCAGGAUGUACAGUUGACUGAGAUCAAGCCCUUGCUGACCAAUAAGAAUGCUCGCAAUUUCCAAGACUUCGACUGCCAGGAGCAUGAUAUAGAGACUCCUCAUGGCGUUCUCCAUGUGACCAUGAGAGGUGUUCCCAAGGGCAACCGACCUGUCAUCCUCACCUAUCACGACAUCGGCUUAAACCAUAAGUCAUGCUUCAAUACCCUGUUCAAUUAUGAGGACAUGCAGGAGAUCACACAGCAUUUCGCAGUGGUUCAUGUAGACGCACCCGGCCAGCAGGAAGGUGCCCCUCCCUUCCCCAGUGGUUAUCGCUACCCCACCAUGGAGGAGUUGGCUGAAAUGCUGCCGUCUGUGAUGACUCAGCUCAAGGUCAACAGUGUGAUUGGCAUUGGUGUGGGAGCAGGAGCGUACAUCCUCACCCGCUUUGCACUGAACAACCCCACUCUGGUGGAGGGUUUGGUUCUGAUUAACGUGGACCCGUGUGCAGAAGGAUGGAUUGACUGGGCAGCAUCAAAGUUGUCUGGAUGGACCAGUAAUUUGGUGGACGUCGUCAUGGCUCAUCACUUCAGCACUGAUGAGCUGACGGAGAACCAGGAGAUCAUCCAGACCUACCGUCUCCAUAUCGCCCACGACAUCAACCAGGACAACCUGGCUCUCUUCUGUGGCUCCUACCAAUACCGUCAGGACCUGGAGAUCGAGAGGCCAAUCGUGGGUCUGAAUGAGGACACAGUCAACACACUCACAUGCCCUGCAUUGCUGGUGGUUGGUGACACAUCACCUGCUGUGGAGGCUGUGGUGGAAUGCAAUUCCAGGUUAAAUCCAACAAAGACCACCCUGCUAAAGAUGGCUGAUUGUGGAGGUUUGCCCCAGGUUGUGCAGCCAGGAAAACUUGCUGAGGCCUUUAAGUACUUUGUUCAGGGCAUGGGCUACAUUCCCUACGUUCUUCUCAGUCACCUGAGCAACGAAUCAGUGCCGUCGGCAGGAAUGACUCGUCUGGCUCGCUCACGCACCACCUCCUCCUCCAGCCUCACCUCCACUGAAGGCAGUCGCAGUCGCAACAACCUCAACAGCCUGCUGGAGGGCAGUGCCACUGGGGGCCUGGACAACCAGUCCAGACCCCAGACCAUGGAGGUCUCCUGCUAAACCCCCACCCAGCUCUCUGUACCUCCCAUAGUAACUUAUGUGCCCCAACCCUCAACCCUCUCUCUCCCCCUCCCUCCCUCUCUCUCUCUCUCUCUCUCUUACUCUCUCUCAGUCUCUCUCUCUCUCUCUCACUCCUCUACAGUUCAGUGGGAGGAGCAUCUGUAAUGAACUAUGUGAUUAGAAAAGCAGAUGUAAUAAAUAUACUAACAGAUGCGUAUGGUUAAAAAAAUAAAUCUAUUGAAUACACAGUUUAAUUCACAUUAUUACGUAAACCCACAACUUUAUUCAGAUGUGUUGUAUAUAUAUAAACCAACUGUCCAACAUCACCCUGCUGUAUUUAUUAUUUUUUUCACAUUGUCUUCAUUUGUGUCUUCACAUGCUGUAGAAUUAUUUUGCCCCAAUAAUAAUAAUAAUAAUAACAAUAAUAAUAUAGUACAACUGAUUUCUCCUGUAGUGAAAUCUCAAAAUGUACUGAUAAUAAUUCAUCUUUGUAACUAGAGGGGUUGCCAGUCAAGUCCCUGCCAGGUCAAGGGCUGAGCUGCCCCUGAGCAAGGCACCCAAUCCCCCACAGCUCAUUGUUAAUUGAACUAAAUUGAUCCCAGGCAGAGGGCGGAGUCACGUCCAGAGGGUUGUGUCAAAUCAAGUCAAACCCCUAGAGAGGAAGUAUCAGUAAAAACUCUCUACAGGAUCACAGCCUAUAUUUCAAAUGAUGCUUGAGCAAGUGAUGAAGUAACCUGUGCAUCGAUGACCAAAGUAACUAAAAGCACGUGGAACAUGAUCUGUGUGUAUGUAGCAGUCAUGACACUGGACGUCACUCUUUUUUCUCGCUGAUUUGUGUUGAGUUGAGUCGAUGAUUGUGUAGUGUUUUAACAACUUUGAACACUUUUGAGUUCCCUCACUGAGAGGAGGCUCAGUGGUGCGUCUCACUGUCUGCUGAUUCCACUCAUUUCUAUUACGACUGAAUAAAAGCUAUAACACGAAAA